UCGAAUUUCUGUUUUUUUUUUUUGGUUUUUUUGAGUUUAGGGUUCAUAAGAAUUAAGAAGUUUAGGGUUUAGGGUUCAAGUGCGAAAUUUAGUUCGAAAUUUUGUGUUUAUUAUGAUUAUUAAGAUUAAUUUAGUGCGAAAAUUUGUGUGGUAGGGUGGGUUGGGGUGGGGUUAUGGUGGGGUUACGGUGGUACGGUUCUGGUGUGUGGGGGUUAAGGGUUAAGGGGUGGCAGUGGGGUGGGGUGGGGUGGGUUGGGGUGGUGAGCUGGGGUUUUUGGGAUGGCUAGAUGGAAAAUUGUGAAUGUUGAUGGGGUUGUCGGGAGUGGAGAUGGGGUUUUCGUGGUGGCUGGUAGGGUCACCGAGAGUGGAGAUGGGUUUUCGGGGUGGCUGGGUGGUGUUUUGGAUUGGAGGGGGUUUUGGAGUGGUUGAGUGAGAACAUAGCAGACCCAACCACUCCGGAAUCAUACCAUCACCCCAAUUCAACUCGGUUUAUUGAGGAGAACAUAGGAGCCUUAAAUGAGGAAAAUAGGGGGGCUGCUACUGCCUUUACUAUACACUCAAGGGCUGCUAUUCCUCUAGGAGAUCCUUAUGCCCCCUUUACUGCAAUUCGAACACAAUCUCAAGUAGGGGGUGGAUUCAGAAUGUCUGUUGCGCUCGAGGACAACCUUUUCUCAGACUCUUCAAGUUCUAGUGCCUCCCUGCAUCGUGCAAGUAGCUCUACUGCCGACUCCUCAAAUUCAGAAAAUCAGCAGCUCGUGUCUCCAACUGUCCAGCUACCUAUUGUGGGGUGGAUUCCAUGGUUGGAGUGUCAGGGAAGGCGGCUAGGGGUGGGGCUGCCAAUGAAGCUGGUUGUGUUGUGUUGUGUGGGCAGUGGUGGAUCUGGGUAUUGACAUAAAUUUCAGAAAGUUGGUUGUGUUGUGUUGUGUUGUGUUGUGUGGGCAAUGCCUCUCUCAUUUUUUUCUUAACAUAAAUUUCAGAAAGUUGAAAGUAUUUCUAAUGUGUAUUGAUAUUUCUAAUGUGUAUAUAUGGACACUUUUUAAGCUAACUUAUACUUUAAAAUUUGUGUUUAUUCCUGCUAGGCUGCUAAAAGUAUGGACUCAGAUUAUUAAGAUUAAAUAAGUUGGCUAACCUGUGUGUAGUUCAGGGGUUCUUAUUUUUGUUUUUAUUCUUGCAGGGAGUGAAGGAAGUCAAGGAACCACGGAUUCUUAUUCUUGCAAUAUGGAGAGCUCUCAAUCCAAACGGUCUGCUUCUUUUUCUGAACAAACGUCACAGCCACUUUCUGAAAAGGAUAUGGAAGAAUUGCAAUCUACUUUGCCUCCUGAUAAGAAGCUAAAAGCGGGGCGGGAAUAUAUAUGGAACAGAAAAAGUAAGAGGAAAGCUGAGUAUUGGAAAUAUUACUUAGAGUACGUCGAGAAUGGAAAACUACGAGCUGAAUGUAAGUUCUGUCCUAAAACUUUUGCUGCUGAUGGUAAUCUUAAUGGUUCAAAAAAUGUUAAAAACCAUGCAGAAUCAUGUCUCGGUAAUCCUAUUAAUAUAGAAAAAGAAAAGGGCAAAGAAAAGCAAACUAAAUUGUAUUUUGAUCAAGAACAUGAGAGUAGUGAAUUAAAGUGUGGGAGUAGGAUUAUUAACUUGAAUGAUGUUAGAGAGGCAUUGAUUCACAUGAUUAUUGUUGAUGAGUUACCAUUUAAGCAUGUGGAAAAACCCGGUUUUAGGCACUUUGUGCAAGUUGCAUGUCCACAAUUUCACAUUCCAUCUCGUGUUACCAUUGCUCGUGAUUGUUUAAAGUUGUAUUAUAGUGAAAAAGAGAAAUUGAGAGAAAUGUUUAAGACAUGUCAAAGAAUUUCUGUGACCACUGAUACUUGGACUUCAAUACAAAGAAUUAAUUAUAUGUGUCUUACAGCUCAUUUCAUUGAUAAUGACUGGAAAUUGAAUAAAAAGAUCAUAAAUUUUUGUCCAAUUUCUAGUCAUAAAGGAGAGGCUAUUGGAAAAGCAGUUGAGGCAUGUUUAGAGUAUUGGGGUAUUGAUGAUAAACUUUUUACUGUCACUGUUGAUAAUGCUUCUUCAAAUGAUGUUGCUUGUGCACACUUGAGUAGAAUGGUUAGAAGAACAGGAUGUAUAAAUGAUGGAAAACAUCUUCAUGUUAGAUGCAUUGCUCAUAUCAUUAAUUUAAUUGUGUGGGAUGGUAUUAGAGAACAUGGUGUGUGCAUUGAUAGAGUUAGAAAUGCUGUGAAAUAUGUUAAGAAUUCCCCUGCAAGAAUACUUAGAUUCAAAGAUCUUGUGCAAAAAGCAAACAUAGAUUCAAAAUCUUCUUUAUCCUUUGAUGUCCCCACUCGUUGGAACUCCACAUACAUAAUGUUGGAAACGGCUUUGAAGUUUCGACGUGUUUUUAGUGGGUUAUCUCUUCCUGAUGGAGAGGAUUUGAAUGACAAUGAAAGGCCUCCCGAACCCGAAGAUUGGGAAAAAGUGGAGAGGUUGGUUUUGUUUCUAGGGGGUUUUAUCUGUUAA